AUGACCACUAGUUUAGCAGCACAGCUGCAACGUUUGGCGGCUCCGCAGUCGAGGGGUUUGGUUGAUGCACGCAAAACCGCAUCGAUUCUGUUCGAAGCGAAGGAAGCUGCCGCAAAGGAUCGGGAGGUCAUUUUCGAUAUCGGAGCCAGCGGGCUAGAGGAACUGGUCCAGCUUAAUGGAGCUUUCGCACAGUUCGAAGAGACACUGUUCGAUAAAAAGUCUAUGGAUUUGCAGCGAUCCGUCGAGAACCGUGAGCUGAACGCCAAGCUGGACCAAAACAUCCGGAAGUUUUUCUACCAUCUUUCGCCGUAUGUUAUGCUUCAACCGGCCCACAAAUGCCUAGAAUGGUUGAUCCGUCGCUUCGAAAUCCACGAGUACAACAUGCAGGACUUUGCGAACCUCAUCCUGCCGUACCACGAAACGCGGAUCUUCGUCCGAUGCGUGCAAACGAUGCGGUUAUCCGAAAGCGAACCACUGGCGUUUUUGCGAGGCGUUCGCAAGACUGGUGUCCCGAUGUCGAAGCGCACGAUCGUCGAGCACGGCGUGCGUCAUCCGGGGUUUCUUAAAACGAUCGGCAAGUUCUUGAUGCGAGCGGUCGAGGAGCUGGAUAAAAAAGCGAAUGUGCUGCAGGCCAUGUUUGCGUUCUACUGUACGACCGUGCUGGGAGUGCUGGACACUGCAGACUCUGUGACGGAAAAGUACGUCGUAUCGGUGCUGCAGGCGAUCGGUAAGGGUUUGGCCUCCAAGGCGGUCGAUUAUACGGCCGCAUCGUACAUGAUCAUCGGACAGCUGGUGCUGAAGACGAGUCUGAUGAAAGACACCAUCGAGUACAUUGUCCGGAAGCUGUGCGGAUUGCAGCAUCCGGCUCUGACCACCGACGCUACGAUGCUUCUGGUACUGAUUUUUCAAACACAGCACCAACAGUUGGACACUCUUUCCGAUGCGUUGAUCGAGGAAAUCAUCAACUGCAAGUGGUUGUUGGCGGCCAUGGGCACCGUGAAGACGGACGAUAUAAACAUAAUCGUGUUCUAUCGAAAGGUGUUGGAGAAGUGUCUCAACCAGAUAUGCCAGCCGGAAAAGUCUCUGCACACUUACGGUCGCUUCUGCCGGCACUUGCUGCUAGAAAUUCAGCUAUCCGAGGAGGAAGCGGAAAACAUUAUACAAUGCGUUUUCGACUCGUACUUCUUUGCGAAAAGCGCGGGAAAGAGAUCCUCAGGGGAUGAGAUGGCGCUGGACGUCAGCACGAUCAAUCUCGACAGCGACGAUGAGGAUUUCGUGGCUAAGGACAAUAAAGUCACGCAGUGGUACUCGGAGUUUCUUAAAAGCUUCGAACGGCAGUACCCGACGCCGUUCGACAAAGUGGUCAAACGGGUGAUGAAGGGUCAGGAUCAGUUUUCGCACAAGAAGCGCAAUGCUUUGCGAAAUGUCUUAGGAUUUCUACUGCAAGCUUCGUACGACGAAGAUGAAGCCGAUCUCUUCGAGAACCUGUUCCAUUACGAAGCCGUGCGACGCCUGAACGCGGUAAAGUAUAUGGUGCGACACUUGCGAAGGCUCCAGCGAAAUAGUAGAGGAAAAAACGAUCUCUUGCGCGAUUGUGUGCUUGAGCGGUUGAGUGAUGACAACGAAGAGGUGAUCAGAGAGGUUCUGGAUCUAACAGUUGACGAGAUAGUGGAUCUGGUUGGCGUGGAAAGAUUGAUUGCGAAACUGCAUCUGCUAGCGUUACGAGGGGCGGCUGCUACAAAGCGCUGUCGUCCGAUCAUUGGUCGAGUGAUUGAACUGCUGACCGAUCGACGGUUGUACGAGAAGGUGGACAAAGUUCGAAUUGUUAUCAUCCUUUACCCGUUGCUUUUCCCACUGGGAAACGAUGCGGAAGGCCAGUGUACUGCCGAGCAAGUGCUGGCGACCUCGUUCGCAAAGCAACAUCUUGUACCACAGUUUUAUAGCAGCGAACAUAAUUGUAACGUGAUGUUGAGCGCAGUAGAGGCAGCCGGACAGUGUACGAAUGCGAUUCAGGUCUGCUUUAACAUACAGCUGCUGUCGGCCGCCCUACCGACACCUUGUACGGUAGAGCAAGCGGAUCGUGUGCUAAAAUAUGCCAUCAUGCAGCUCAAAAAUCAUCCUUUCCAGUACGUGGUAUCGUCGGACAUUCAGUGUUUGACGAAAAACAAGCUCCCAAUGGAUUUGAUAGCGGUGCCAAUGCGCUACAUCAUAGAGCGUGUAACCUUCGAGCCAAUCAAGCCGCUGAACUUGGAGAACCAGAAUCGCUCACUGAAGCUGCAGUUGCGUGUGCUGAAAACGGCGAUCACACAAUACUGCACCAUUCGACGUGACGCCGAAGCUAUGCGCUCAAUUUUUGGCGAUCUCAUCAAAUCCUUCCUGGAACAAUUGUUCCCCAGUGUGUCGGAGAGAAUCGAGUAUCUGUCACAUUUCUAUACUGUCCACCUGCUCGAUCCGGGAGCGUUUAGCAACGAGUCGCAAAACUUCGCCAUCGGUGCGCAGUUUCAAAUCCGCACCCUGUGUCUAAUGAACAGUAUGCUGGAGCGACUGGCCGAUAAGGCUCCAACGAUGACGGAAACGACGUUCACCAAUGUUCUGCUGGCACUUGCAUCGCAUUCGGAAGUCGUACGCGAGUGUGCAAUGAAAACGAUUGAAAUCGUCGUCCGCCAUGCGGAUCGCAAUGGGCUGCCGAAGGUGUAUAAUGUGUUCCUUGGUCGGUUGCUCGAACGACGUGAAGAACUCCUCAUGGACGAUGAGCAGCUUUCGUUGGUCCUGUUUAUGAUGUUUUCAUCAACCGACCGUAGACAGCUGAAGCCCGUGCUUGAGGAUCUUACACACCGUACGAUCGCCCCCGAGACGCCGGCUUACAUCGUGUGCGGUGUGAUGGCGUUAUUGAAACUUCUCGACGAUUCUGCCGUUUUCCUGACACCCAUGCAAAAAGGUGUCCACAUUUUGGAGUCCAUCAGCGCGGAUAAAGAGCGUGUGUCUUUGGAUGCUCACGAAUCGACUGUGCUGCAGCUACUCAUAGCGCGCUUCAACUCGGACCUGACCGAACUGUUGGUGCGCAGUGAAGUCUGCCAACGGCUCUUAGUACUGGCGCUCCAGUGCCACAAGACGUUGAUUGGGCCAGCGCUGCGGAAACACUGUACACCAGCCAUCCUGAUGAUCCAGGCACUAGGGGAGGACAUUUUCGAAACUCUUCCGAAACCGUACGCUAAGCUGGUGCUGCAGCACGUCGUUGAGGCGGCCACGCUGUCUGAGCAUCCCGAAACGAACGCUGUUACGGCGAAACUGUUCAAAACCGUUACGAUCGAUGCUGAGCUGACGCUUGGUUUGCUGGAAUGGAUGAUCGCUACCGUUCAUCCAGCACCGUUCAAAGCCUCGAAAAACCGAAGAUCGUCAAUUCACGUGGCACAAUCAGAGCACGUGUUGGCCAGCGUGGAGUGGAAACGUGGCGUCACGAUGUUGGAGCACUUGCAGAACAAGACAAAGCUCGAUAACCCUCAGCUGCUGGUGCCGAAACUGUUCGAGUGUCUGAAGUGCUGUCUCGAUUUCGAGGAACAGUCGGCCGUGGAAUACGUGAAACAGAUUGUCCUUUCGCUAUUGCAUCACUGCAUCCUGAAGGUGGAAAAUGCUGCGGCCGAGCGAGGUGGAAGUGCCCACAUGGUAGCCGCUUUCGGGACUGGUUGCAGCGUGCUGAAGGUGGAGCUGAUUGUGCAGUGCAUCCGAGGAACACAAAACCCGCAAACUCACCACCAUGCAUUGCUUCUGCUAGCGCACGUCGCUCGGUACGUGCCGGAACAGGUGCUACACAACAUGAUGGAGAUCUUUACGUUCGUCGGUUCGUCGAUCGUGCGGCAGGAUGAUGCGUACAGUUUUCAGAUCAUUUCCAAGAUCAUCGAAUCGAUCGUACCGACGAUCGCGCAAGGUGGUGGAGGAUUGACUGGAGGAUCCACCGCAGCUCGUGCCGUAACCACAGAGCAGGUUAUUCCGAUUCUGAAGAUCUUCUCCGACAUCGUGUUGGACGUUCCGGAGCACCGCAGGAUACUGCUCUACGUAAAGCUGCUUCAAACGCUCGGUGGAAGCGAGUUUCUGUGGGUCUUUCUGGGCGUGCUGAUCGAAUCGGAUGUCAUGAAGGGCGGCAGAAAGGCGGAACAGCUGAACCGUUCAAAGUCGCGUGCCGAAACGGAGCUUUCGACGAACGACCUGUCGAAGCGGAUGGAGAUUGCCAUUCAGAUAGCACGCGAGUUUGAACCGUCGGUCAUCAUGGAAACAUGCACCAAAUUGGUGCAGUAUGUGCGCGACCUGCCGAUGGAGAUGCCGGAGAAGCGAAAAGGCGAAGAAGCAGUGGCAAUGGACGUGGACUCUGUCGAGGAUGUGAUCUUCAACGUGAAGACGCAUACGGCACGUCAGCUGAAGCAUUUCAAGUACUCGUUGGUACAGUUCGUAGGCAGCCUCAUAACGUCCGUGGCCGUCAUCAACAAGAUUGCUCAGUUGUCCGCGGAGCAAACGUUGGACAUGAAGCGGCACUAUCAAAACCUGAUCGUGAGUAUCCUGACGUACGUGAAUGCGGUCUCGAAGACGAUCGACCGGGUGAAGGCGGAGAGCGACGACGACAAGAUUCCCAUGUAUUGGCGGGCGAUGCUAAACAAUUGCUACGAUAUCCUCGAGGGAACAAUUUCGUUGCUGGCGGCGGAGACGCUGAUUAUCGUCGUCCAUGGGCUGCUGCAGCACCGGUUUCUGAUGGUCCGCCGAAAGGUGAUCGAGCUGCUUAACAACAAGUUACAGUACAAGCAGGAUUACUUUAACGAAACUCACAACGCUGGCCUGCUGAAGCUGCUUGAUCCGUUGAUGGCAUUGGUGAAGGGCGUGCACGACGAGACGAAGGUCGUCGGUACGCCAUUCGAGAGGCUGGUCAUUGUGCAGCUCUGUUACAUUUCACUGCGCCACCUGUCCAAGAUCCUGACGCAGCACGCCACGAAGAAGGUCCAAUCGAUACUGGGCGACCUCGUGGAGGAACUGCAUGGGUACAAGAAGAAUCCAAACCCACAGAUACUGGCCUCGCUGAUCCUGUGCAUCGGUGAGCUGUGCAGCAACCUGGGACCGUACUCGAUCAACUUCUUGCCCCAGUUUAUGCCGAUGAUGCAGAAGUUUCUAAAAGCGCAGCUGGAGUCGGAAGAUCCUUUCGAUAUGCUCACGAUGAGCAUCGUGCUGCUGACGGUGAAGAUCGUCGACACGUUGUCCCGCUUCCUAUCGCCCUACCUCCGGUCGAUGCUGAUUGGGCUCACGAAACUGUACGCUCUGGUCGACCAGCGAAACGAUGCCCGAUUGGCAAACAUUCAGUCGCGUUUGGUGCUGAUCUGGGACAAUCUGGCCACCUCGAUCGCACCCCGCGUAUUGAUACCGGCGAUUGAACAGAGCUACCACGACCUAAUCGAAGACGGACAGCUGCUGGCGAUCGGGCCACUGAUGCGACUGCUUUCGACAACCUUCGGGAAGCUGCAGUCGUCCGAUUUUGGUGCGAUUCGAGGCGAACUUGCGGAACUGUUCCUGACGGCCCUACAGCUCCGCUGCAAUCAUGCUACGUCGGAUAAGUUUAGUCUGGCCGAGGUGGAUGCGGCGGAAGAGCACGUCAUCAAGGCGUUCGUGGUGUUGAUUUUGAAACUGUCCGAAAGCACCUUCCGGCCGCUGUUCUAUCAGGUGUUCGAGUGGUCGAUUCGGGAGAGCUCCAGCAACGAUCGGGCCAUCACGUUCUUCAAUCUCUGUAGCCAUGUGGCCGAAGCGCUAAAAUCGUUGUUCGUCCUGUUUGCCAGUGACCUCGUAGCGAUUGCAACGAAGCUACUGAACGCCACCAACAGUGCGAAGGUCGAGCGGAACGAAGAGCUUCACUUUAGUGACACGCCCAAGAACGUUACCCUGCUGCGGUACGUGCUGAAGACGCUGCACUGUAUCGCGCUGUACGAUAAUCAGCACUUCAUGAAUGCGGUCCGGUUCGAUAUGCUGCUGGUGCCCGUAACGGAUCAGCUUGAGAAUGGGCUGAUUGUGAAGCACGACGAAAUGCGCGGCCUGGUGAUUGACUGCCUCUCGCAGAUGGCCGUCGCCGUCAUGGACGAUUCGCUGUGGCGUCAGCUCAUCCACCAGGUGCUGCUGAAGACGAGGAGCACCGAGCCGGAAGUGAGACUAUUUGCCCUGGAUGCCUGCACGGAAAUAGCGCGCAAGCUGGGCGAAAGCUACGUUCCAUUGCUGCCGGAAACAAUUCCGUUCCUGGCGGAACUGAUGGAGGACGAUAAUGAAGCAGUCGAGAAGGCGGUGCACCACGCGUGCCGUGAAAUUGGGCGUGCUUCGGGCGACGAUUUGCAGAAAUACUUUUAAAGUAGGCGCCGAGGCAAACUUUGACACAAGAGCAACACUGUUGAGAGAAAGGUCGGCAAACGGUAGACUG